AACAACUACUCAGAAUAGAACGUACAGAGUGCAUCGUCCAAGGGGGCUCUCCUGUAUUUAAGAGACUCAACGCUCUGGUCUGCAUCAGUUACAUCUUGAACAAGCUGAGAACUCAUACAACAGCUUACAAUCAUGUUGGUCCUACAAGUUGUUCAUUUUCUCUUCAUCUUGGCGUUAGUCAUCGAUGUCCAGGCUACUAAAUCGCCAGCUUUCUUAGCCACAUCUAAGAAAGAUAAGAGUGAUUCCAAGAAAGAAGAAAAACUGCAAACAACCAAUUCGAACCAUAAUUUAUUUUCUUUGCUGAAUACCCAACCGAAAUCGAAUAAUCAAAACCACAAUCCAACGGGCAGUAGCGCUACAAACGGUAACAACAACGACAAUAAUAAUCAAGGUAGUUUCUAUAUGCUAGGAAAACCACCUCUCUACGGAAGUUCCAUUUAUACUCCAUCGCCUAUUUAUAAUCCAUCGCCAUCUGAUGAUCAGAAAGAAAAAUCGACGCCUUCACCUCAACCUCACCCGAUUCCCGUACCAUUAUUUUUGGCUCCACAUUUGAAAUCGGGAUAUCCUCCAGUGGUUCCUAUUUAUUUUGCUCCAACUAUUAGAGGUAAACCCAUUCUCCCUCGAGGUUUACCACCAAAUAUUGUACCGAUAUUAUUGGCACCGGCACCAACUCAACCAACAAGAGAUCUUCAUCCGCAACCUUUAUCGAAUACGGCCGGAUUUAAUCCAUUAGCAUUUUUUCCACCUCACCUUCAAGCUCCUAAACUCGGAGACAUCCCAUUUAAUGCCAAAUCUAAAGUUAUUGGAUUGCCUCAACACGGUGCCUAUCCACAUAUUCCAUUUCCUGUGCAAUAUCCUUUUAAUUAUAAAGGACAAUCCUUGGGAGGAAUUCACCAACCGAUAGCAGCUCUACCCAUUAAAAUUAUACCAGGUAGCCAUUAUGGCGGCGGUGCCUUUAUCUCGCCCAAGGUACAGAUUCCUUCAUUGAAACCGGGUAAACAAAACAGCUUAGCUAGUGUUUUCCCAUUCCAUCAGCAAUUUCAACACAAUGGAGAUAUUUCUACACAUUUCUUACCAAAUUAUCAACAGAACUUUCAACAAAACGGAUUCAAACCAACCGUUGUAUAUGAUGACGAUUUUAAUCAAUACAGAUUUAAAUAAAAGAAUAUAUUAAUGAUGAUGAAGUUAAUUAACGUUUAUCAUAAUUGUCAAGCCGGAUAUAUACAUAAGUAUUGUUUAUUAUUGCAUUUACAUUAAAUUUUAUAUCGAUAUCUACAUAAACAAUUAAAGCCUUUGCGCAUUUUGUUGUAGUUAAAAAAGUUUUUGUAAAUAAAAUAUCUUU